UGCACCUGUCUUCCUCCCAUCAACACCUCAAGCGCUCUCCCAUUGCCUCUCUCUCUCUCUCUCUCUCUCUCUCUCUCUCUCUCGAUCUCCCCUUUCUCAUCUUCCAUCUCUCAUCUCGCUGCCUCUGUUCCCUUAACCUGCCUAAUUGCUUCACUCUCUUCCUCAUAUAAAAUAGCCACUAGAGCCAGUAGCCUAGUAUCUUGGACCUUUACCUCCCUGUCACUGAUUCAACCUACACUAAAGAACACAUCCCAUUAUUGACGAAGAUGUCCAGCAGGAGGACUCGAUCAAGGCAGUCAAGCUCAUCGAGAAUCAGCGAAGAGCAGAUCAAUGAUCUCGUGUCCAAGUUGGAAGCGCUGCUCCCUGAAGCCAGCAUUAGGAGCAACAGCAGUGCGUCGGCUGCUCGGGUCUUGCAAGACACCUGUAACUACAUUAGGAGCCUGCAUCGAGAAGUCGACGAUCUGAGUGAGAGGCUGUCGGAGCUGCUUGCGACGACCGACACAACCAGUGCUCAAGCAGCCAUAAUUAGGAGCUUGCUCAUGUGAUCGAACGCUUUGAGUUUUUGGAAUAAAUUAAGAUGCGCUUAGAAGCUACCCUUUAAUUUUAGCUUAAUGAGGUUUGUCGUGGUCUUCAAUGUAGCAAACUUAAGCUUAGUCUUUUCUGUACCUAUAAGCUAAAUCUUGCUAUGGUGGCUAUUUAUUAGUCCUAGAAAUUCUCAUCUUUAAACAGCUCCAUAUAAAACAAUGGUUCUUCGUCUUAA